UGUAGACGAGACAUUUUUCUGGCCCUCAUUUGGGAGGAUACUGGUCUCCAGGGAGCAACGGCUUUGUGUGUGUGGUGGGAUCCGGGUCCUCAACCAUGGCCUUCACUUUCGCUGCUUUCUGCUAUAUGCUGUCCCUGGUGCUUUGCGCUGCGCUCAUCUUCUUCGCUAUCUGGCACAUCAUCGCCUUUGACGAGUUAAGGACAGAUUUUAAGAGUCCUAUUGACCAGUGUAACCCUGUCCAUGCCAGAGAGCGGCUGAGGAACAUCGAACGCAUCUGCUUCCUUCUGAGAAAGCUGGUGCUGCCAGAGUAUUCUAUCCACAGCCUAUUCUGCAUCAUGUUCCUGUGUGCUCAGGAGUGGCUCACCCUGGGGCUGAACGUGCCACUGCUUUUCUAUCAUUUCUGGAGGUACUUCCACUGUCCAGCAGACAGCUCAGAACUAGCCUACGACCCACCAGUUGUCAUGAACGCUGACACCUUGAGCUACUGUCAGAAGGAGGCCUGGUGUAAGCUAGCCUUCUACCUGCUGUCCUUCUUCUACUACCUGUACUGCAUGAUCUACACCUUAGUGAGCUCCUAACUCAGACUCUGCUGAUGGAGAGGCCGGGGCUGGGAA